AUGCUUAAAUUUAGAACAGUCCUUUUUUCUCAUGAUGAAGAAGAAGCUAAAAGAGGAAUGGAUGAAUUAUGUAAUGAUGACCAUGAACAAUAUUCCGAACAUAUGAAGUCAUUAAGAAGCAGAAUGGACGAGUGGGCAAUUUGCUAUCGACAAACAUAUUCAACUUACGGUCUCAACACAAAUAAUAUAAUUGAAUCAUCUAUAAGAAUUUUUAAGGAUGUGGUACUGGAACGUUGUAAGGCAUUUAAUGCGGCGCACUGGUAG